GGGUUUGCUGAGUUACUCAUGAAAUUCAAGCAUAGAAUAAGUAAAAUUAUCAAGUCACUGACUUAGAUUCUUUUACUUUUAGAUUACAAGAUUUUGUAUCUUAGUAUUAUCCACGAAAUAUCGCACGAUGGAAAUAAAGUUCUAACAAAGAAAGUUUCAAACUUUUUCAAAGGUCCAUGGAAAAAAGGUUCACAUGGUGGAAGAUUCCUAGAGUAACUAUCGCACUAUGCGACCUCUUUUGAUUCUUCUCUAAUCUCUCAUCAAUCCGCCAAGUUGGGUCGAAUCGGAUGAUCAACGGCUCUUUUCCUCUGGAUAAUCAGGACGUAGUUUUAGCCCUUGAAAAUUCGGAAAAUUAUCUGAAACGAACGACUCGAGAAAUGUGGAGUGCAGAAUUUACAAGGAAAGAACAAGGCUGCUGCCAAAUAAAUCGACUACGGAAAGAAGAAGACGACAAGAAAGGGCGGAUUCGAGCUGAUUCUCUUACUUAGCCAAUAAAUCAUCCCAACAAUGUUGAUACGGUGGCUUGUGAUUGUUCUUGUUUCUAUUGGGUUACUGACUCCGACCUCCAUAGCUCGACCUGAAGUUGUUGUAGCAAGCCAUGGUGCCGUUGCCGCAGAUGAUCGCCGUUGCUCCAAAAUUGGUAUGGAUGUUCUACGCGAAGGAGGACAUGCUGUUGAUGCAUCAGUGGCUGCUGCUCUUUGCCUGGGGGUUGUUAGUCCUGCAUCAAGUGGCAUUGGUGGAGGAGCCUUUAUGCUGAUCAGAUCAGCCAGUGGAAAAGCUCAGGCUUUCGAUAUGAGGGAGACCGCACCUUUGCUAGCUUCUGAGAAUAUGUAUGCUGGCAAUGUUGCAUCAAAAGCAUCCGGAGCCCUUUCCAUUGCCGUUCCAGGAGAACUUGCAGGGCUUCAUGAGGCUUGGAAACAACAUGGAAAGCUUCCAUGGGCAAGGCUUGUUCAACCAGCUGAACGUCUUGCUCGCUUGGGGUUUAAAAUAUCUCCAUACCUUCAUAUGCAGAUGGUUAGAACAGAAUCAGGGAUCUUAGGGGAUGAAGGGCUCAGGAACUUGUUAACAUCAGGUGGAAAAUUGUUGAAACAGGGAGAUAUUGUCCGCAACCAGAAACUGGCAGAAACUCUAAGAACUAUUUCUAGAUUUGGUGUCAGUGCCUUCUAUAAUGGUUCGAUCGGAAUUAACUUGAUAAGAGACAUCAGGAAGCUUGGAGGGUUACUGUCAAUGAAGGACUUGCAGAGUUAUCAAGUUAAAACUAGAGUCCCCAUCUUAUCUCGUACAAUGGAUCUCGAGAUAACCACCAUGCCUCCUCCUUCAGGAGGCUCUGGAGUGAUCCUUAUGCUUAAUAUUCUGGCUCAAUAUAAACUGCCUUCAGGGCUUUUGGGCCCUCUUGGUAUCCAUCGGGAGAUUGAAGCAUUGAAACAUGUGGUUGCAGUAAGGACGAACCUCGGUGACCCUGAUUUCUACAAUGUUACCGAAGUUCUUUCUGAUAUGCUCUCACCCAAAUUUGCUGAACAAUUGAAGAAAACCAUCAAUGACAACAAAACUUUUCAUCCAAGCCAUUAUGGUGGCAGAUGGAAUCCAAUCAAUGACCAUGGAACCAGUCAUUUGUCUGUAGUCGAUGGAGAACGAAAUGCCGUCUCCAUGACUACCACUGUGAACUACUAUUUUGGAGCACAUAUACUGUCCCCAAGUACAGGAAUAGUCUUGAACAAUGAAAUGGACGAUUUUGCUAUCCCGGCUAAUGUUUCUGCUAAUCAACUUCCACCAGCACCAGCCAAUUUCAUUAGGCCAGGAAAAAGGCCAUUGUCAUCCAUGUCUCCUACUAUUGUUCUAAAGAAUGGUCAACUGAAAGCUGUGGUCGGUGCAAGUGGAGGAGGCUUCAUCAUUGCUGGAACAGCAGAGGUUUUGUUGAAUCAUUUUGCAAAAGGAAUGAGUCCUUUCUCAUCUGUGAUGGCUCCCAGAGUUUACCAUCAGCUGGUUCCAAACAUUUUGAACUAUGAGAACUGGACCACUGUGCUGGGGGAUCAUUUUGAAGUUCCGGCUGAAACAAGGGCAGUCCUUGCGAAGAAAGGUCACGUCUUAGAAGGGCUUGCCGGAGGAACAAUUUGUCAGUUCAUUGUUCAAGGUUCUAGCUCAUUGAGACAAGGUGAUGGCUUCGGGAAGCUUGUUGCUGUAAGUGACCCCAGAAAGGGUGGGGCUCCUGCUGGCUUUUGA